AAUCUGGGCCAGUCGUUGAUAUGGAUUUUUCCAAGCCAAAUCACAACAAAACAACACGGACAGUCGAGCCUCAGCCUACCAAAGAGAUCAAGGAGCCAAAUCACAGUGAUUUUAUUGCAUUCCUUGCUGAUGUGCAAAAGGUAAACCCCACCACCGUCUUACUCAGUGUAGUGCCAGAGUUUUCUACAGCCACAGAGGAACCAACCCCUCUACACAUGCCCAUACCUCUUACUACACUACUAUACAAACCCGAGUAUAGAACCAUGUCAACACCAGACUUUCAAAGAGAAGUUGAUAAAGUGUUCCUCAGCCUUAAGAUAACUGAAUCUGAAAGUGCUGGUCUGGAGAUGUUCACCAGAAGACAGCAGUUGAGUGAUGACUGGCUGGAACAGAGAAAGGGGAGGAUAACAGCUUCAACGCUAUUCCGUGUUCUCCACACUGACCCCACAUCACCUGCUCCCUCCCUUGUCAAAAGUAUAUGUGGGCUGUCAUCAUUUACUUCCAAAGCCACUGCACAUGGGAUUAAGUUUGAAAAGAAGGCCCGUAAGAUGUAUGUGAAAGAGAAAUCAACUCAACACACCAAAUUCAGGUACUCAUCCUCUGGGUUGAUCGUUAACCCUUUGUACCCACAUCUCGGGGCUAGUCCCGAUGGUAUCAUCAGCUGCAGCUGUUGCAGCGAAAAGGGUCUGCUGGAGGUGAAAUGCCCCUAUAAGCACAGGAUGGUCCACCCAGUGGAAGCUAGCCAGAUUGACCCAGAUUUCCCCAUUGAAUUUGAAGUUGGAAAUGGUGAGAUCAUUGGCUCAUCCCUCAAACAAAACCACCCCCACUACACCCAGAUCCAGUGUCAGCUGUCUAUUUGUGAAAAGAGUUACUGUGACUUGAUGAUGUUCACCUUCCGUGGUAGCAUAGUUACCAGAGUGUAUAGAGAAGACAAUUUUAUUCCAAAGCAUUUGGACAGGAUAAAUGCUGUAUACAAAUCUGGAAUACUUCCAGAACUUAUGACACGCCAAUAUAGAGAUGUGAUAUGUGACCCCUGUGGCCCAUCAUCCGGUACCUCGUCCAGCUCAACAUCCAGCUCUACUCCAGCCACUCAAAGGGCACCUCUCUCAACUAAUGUUCCCCAACAAGCACCCACUGAAGCUGCACAAGAAUUGUUUUGUUAUUGCAGGAAACCAGAUGAUGGUUCCGAAGAAAUGGUUGGGUGUGAUUACCAAAACUGUGUGAACCAGUGGUACCAUUUGAGCUGCCUUACAUUAUCAAAAGCCCCCAAGACCAAACUUUGGUUUUGCCCAGAGUGUAAGAGUUUGCAACCGCCUAAGAAAAAGAGGAAGUGAUUUUGUUAGUUUGUUAUAUUUGGCAUAUUGUAUCAUAUCUCUUGUUGUCAGUAAUUUCCUCUGAAGUUUGCAUUUAGUAUGUAUGUAUAUAAUCAUCAAUAUGUCGAAAUGGCUAUUGUUUGCUCUUUCAAGUG